AUGGAUUGGUUCUCAUGGCUUUCCAAAACAUGUCUUGAGCCAACACUAGUGUAUGAGUAUGGCCUUACUUUUGCACACAAUGAGCUUGAAGAAGAAGACAUAAUCUACUUCAACCAUGAGUUUCUCAUGAGCAUGGGGAUCUCCAUAGCCAAACACAGGCUAGAGAUUCUCAAGCUUGCAAGGAAAGUGAAGGGAAAGAGGGCACCACGCCCUGUGACAAGGCUCAUGGUGGCGAUCAAGAGGACAAAGAGGUGCUUAGCCAAUUACUUCCGCACGUUCAUCAGCUGUGAAGAAGAGUCAUCAGCACUUGUUGUGGUGCCAUCAUCAUUAUCAUCAUCAAGGACAAGGCCUUAUGGGACAAGAUGGAAGAGUCAUGUGAUGAAGAGGAACAAAAAGUUGAUGGCGUCUAAGCAAGAGAGGCUCUUGCUCACAAAUGGAAGUCCUAACACUGUGGUGCAUGGUCUUGAUGCUUAUACUAGUCCUAUGGUUUACCAUUUCCACAAGGAGGAAAAAAUGGAAGGAGAUAACGAUGAUGGAUACUGGUCUUCGGCUGCUACAGAAGAAAUCAGGUGGGAUACCAUGUUCCAGGAUCUAAAGCCAAAUUGA